GUGCACAAUCAGAAUCUGAUCCAGGUUAUUAUACACAACAAAUAUAUGCGAAUGGACUUAGAUGUUGGAAUGGUCCAGAAAGAUCUGUAAAGUUAAAUCUGGAAUGUGGAAUAGAAAAUGAAAUUAUAUCAGUUGUAGAACCAGAAAAAUGUGAAUAUCACUUAAAAAUGAAGACACCUGCUGUUUGUCCUGAUAAUCCUUUUAUAGAUA